CCAAUGUUUGGGUCCGCGGCGCGGCGCGUGCUCCUCGGCUGCAGCAUGGCGUACAGCGCGAAGAUCGGUCCGUCCAUCCUCAGCAGCGACCUGUCGUGUCUGGGCAGCGAGUGCGUUCGGAUGGUGGAGUGCGGGGCCGACUACCUGCACCUGGACGUCAUGGACGGGCACUUCGUCCCCAACAUCACCUUCGGCCACCCCAUGGUGGAGUGUCUGCGCAGGUCCGUCGGUCCGGAGCCCUUCUUUGACAUGCACAUGAUGGUGUCGCGGCCGGAGCAGUGGGUGAAGGCCAUGGCAGCCGCGGGAGCCAACCAGUACACCUUCCACCUGGAGGCCACCAGCGAGCCGGGCCAGCUCAUCAAGGAGGUCAAGGAGAGCGGCAUGAAGGUGGGUUUGGCGAUCAAGCCCGGCACCACGGUGGAGGACCUCGCGCCGUGGGCCAACCAGAUCGACAUGGCUCUGGUCAUGACAGUGGAGCCAGGAUUCGGAGGGCAGAAGUUCAUGGAGGACAUGAUGCCCAAGGUGGCGUGGCUGAGGAGUCAGUUCCCCUCGCUGGACAUCGAAGUGGACGGUGGCGUGGGCCCGGACACCAUCCACAGAUGUGCCGAGGCCGGCGCCAACAUGAUCGUGUCGGGCAGCGCUGUGAUCGGCAGCGAGGACCCGCGCGCCGUCAUCGCCCUUCUGCGCACCGCCGUGGCUGAGGCCAUCCAGAAGCGCUCGCUGGACCGCUGAGAGGGCCGUGACGCCAGGGUGCCGCCGGGUGGCGCCGUGACCGCCGCCUGGCCCCGACACGGAAACAGGUGCUGAAAACCGCUGCGGCGUGAAGCUCCCUCAGCGGCGCGGCCGCCACCACUUGUGAAAACAUUCCCUGCCGACUUCCUGUCAGAAGCUGCCGUCUGUGUCUGGCCAAUAAACGCUUUGA